GAUAUGCAUAUAAAUAGAAAUGUUGUUUCAACAAAUACAUUUACAGCCACGUAAUUGAUAUCUAAUUCUAUUAUCGUAUAAGAAAUUAUAUCUGAAACUAAAAAUAAUACUGCAAAAAAUAUUUUUGCUUAGGAAAUAACUACAAAUGAAUUAUAAGUAGAAAACAUUUAUAUAGCAAAUGAUGAUAAUCAACUUUACUUAAACGGAGAUAUAGUAAUAGAAUCUUUAAGUGUAUAAUAAUAAUUUGAAGUAUCAAAUCUUUUACAAUAAUACAAUUGGUAAUUAGUUUAUCAUGAUGAUUUUUAGGAAGAAAAAAGUUUAAUUGGAUGGAAUGUAAAAGAAAGAUCUUUUUGCAAAUAAAAUGUAAAGUAAAAUGAAGAUACAAAUCACUUCUUAGGAGGCUACUGUGUAGGCAGUUCAUAAUUGAAUUUAGAAAAAACAUAUAGUGAUUUACCUAGGCAUAAAUAAAUAAAAAUUUUAGCAAGAAUUCAUUUUUUUGAUAACUGGAAUGGUGAAUAUGUAUAAUUGUUUGUAGAUGAUAAAUUGAUAUGGUAAAAAUCUGCUGAAUCAUCUCAUCAUGAUAUAAAUAUAUGUGGAGAUGAAAGUGGGGAUCCUCAUUUUGGAAUACCUAUUGAAGUCACAGCACCCCAUAAUUUAUAAAAUGUCAAUUUAAGGUUUGUUACAAAUUUAGAAAAAAAUAGUUGUUAAGCAAGUUUUGCUAUUGACGAUAUAGAAAUAUUUGUAAAAUGAAAUUUAUUUUUUUA